AUGGGGCCAAAAAAGAAUCUGCCAAAAUUGGCAAAGAGUCUGGACCCACUUUGGGAAAAGACUAAGGAAAUUUGUAAUAUAUCCCAGUCACAUAGAAAUAAACUGCUAUUCACAAUUCCAAUCAAACCAGAGAAGCAAGCAGAUACUUUAGAAGUCCUGAUAGACUCAGGCACUACAUCAUCAUUCCUCCACCCUUGCACAGUGGAACUACUCCGCCUACCCUUGAUAGACCUCCCUUCACCCCAAACUGUUGCUAUGCUUGAUGGGUUGAGCCCCCAGGCUGGCAAAAUCUGGAAGAAGGCAAACCUUACCUUCUCCCUUGAUGGCAAACAUAUGACUGAGACCUUCCUUAUAUGCAGCACAGGGUCUCACGCCGCCAUCUUGGGAUUGAAAUGGUUGGAUGCUCACAACCCGGAAAUUGAUUGGAAUCAGCGCACCCUCACAUUCCCCCACGCAACGCCAGAGCACAUAGCCAUUGCUGAAGAGGAGGAAGCAGACAAAGAUCCCUUGAAUGGAGUACCCCUGGAAUACCACCAAUAUGCAAAGGUGUUUGGGGAGGAAGAGUUCAAUAAGCUUCUGCCACACAGGCAUUAUGACAUUGGCAUUGAACUUAUGGAAGAAGGACCCCUCAACUCCCCCCUUUAUAGUAUGACCAAUGCCAAGUCCGCCACACUAAAGGAUUGGCUCAGGGAUGAGUUGAAAGCUGGGAAGAUCCAUCCCAGCAAGUCCUCAAUUAGCUCUCUGGUAAUGUUUGUACCAAAGAAAGAUGGCUCUUGUUGCCUGGUUGUUGAUUACUGUUGCCUGAAUAACUGGACCAAGAAGAACAUGUAUCCCUUACCCCGUCCUGACAACCUAAUGGCCCAGCUCUGUGGCGCAAAGGUCUUUACCAAAUUAGAUCUACAAUGGGGCUACAACAAUGUCCAGGUAAAAGAAGGCAACAAGUGGAAGACUGCCUUCCGCACCAAGUAUGGUUUAUACAAAUCUCUAGUAAUGACUUUUGGCUUAACAAAUGCUCCUGCUGCUUUUCAACACUUCAUGAAUGAAUUGUUCAAGGACUUAUUGGAUGUAUGCAUCAUCAUCUACCUUGAUGACAUCCUGAUCUACUCUAAGGAUGAUGCAUCCCAUAUGCAGCAUGUCCAUGAAGUCCUCUGGUGCCUAAUGGAGAACCAGUUGUUCUGUAAAGCCUCCAAAUGUACCUUCCAUGUCACCUCAGUGGAGUACCUAGGGAUUAUUGUGUUGGAUAAGGGGUUCAGUUUGGACAAGCUCAAGAUCCAGGCAGUCCAGGAGUGGCCCACGCCAACCAAGGUCAAAGAAGUUCAAUCAUUCCUUGGAUUUGCAAACUUUCUGCACCGCUUUGUUGCAAAUUUCAGCCACAUGGCCAGGCUGUUACAUAACCUGGUAAAAAAGGAUACACCCUGGAAAUGGGAUGCUAAAGAACAAGAAGCAUUCCAAGGACUCAAGGAUGCCAUUACCAAUGCACCAGUCCUAGCUCAUGCAGACCCCACCAAGCCCUACUUCCUAGAGACUGAUGCAUUGGGAGCAGCCCUGGGAUCAAUACUUAGUCAAUGCCAAGAAGAUGGUUGCCUACACCCCUUAGGAUUCUUGUCAGAAUCCUUCAAGGGAGCCAAACAGAACUACAACAUGCACAACAAAGAACUGUUAGCCAUAAUCAGGUCUUUCAAAUACUGGCGUAUCUUCUGGGAAGGAACAUUGCACCCCAUCACAGUAUUUACAGAUCAUAGGAACUUGGAAUAUUGGAAAGAAUCCCAGACCUUCAAUUGCCGCCAUGCACAAUGGCAUCUCUUACUGACUGGCUAUAACUUCCAAAUUGUCUACCAACCAGGAAAACAAACAGGGAAACCAGACGCUCUUUCACGCCAAUCCAACCAUGCUGAUAUACCACCAGAACCCCAAUCUAUGCUCCCCAAUCCUGUCUUUGCCAACACCACACUAGUACUGCCAGAAAAGGAACUACAACGCCAGAUCAAGUUGUCCCUAGAUCAAGACAAAUCUCUGGAAGAAAUCCUCCAAUUCCUACAGAAUGAAUCCAAAGCGCCACCAUCCAUUAAAUGUGCCUUCAAGGAUUAUGAGAUGGAAGCAGGAUUAUUGUUCUACCAAGGCAGGAUUGUAGUCCCAGACGUUAGAAAUUUGCAGACUGAUCUGUUGCGCAUCUACCACAAUAGCCCCCUGGCAGGACACCCUGGCCAUCAAAGGACCCUGGAACUAAUCUCCCAAUUGUACUAUUGGCCAGGAAUCAGAGCAGACACCUACUGGCAUGUGGACUCAUGUGAAACAUGCCAACAGAUUAGGAAACCAAAGUAUGCAUCCAUUCCACCACAGCCACUCAAACUCCCCACGCAACCUUGGCAACAUGUGUCCUACAACAUGAUUGUAGACUUACCUAAAGAUGGUAACAGCAAUUCCAUAUUGGUCAUUGUGGACAGCUUUACCAAAUACAUCAUCUUGGUGGAAUGUUCCAAAAAGCUCAAGGCCCCUGAGUUAGCAGACCUAUUCCUGCAACAUGUAUGGAAGCGUUACGGCAUGCCUGAGAAGACAGUUUCAGACCAAGGAAGGGUCUUCAAUAAUAAAUUCCUGAAGGCACUGUACCAGCGCCUAGGAAUGGACCCCCACUUCUCCUUGGCCUAUCACCCACAGAGCAAUGGACAAACAGAACACAUAAACCCCAUGGUCAAACACUUCUUACAAGUCUAUUCUGGGAUCAAUCAGAAAGACUGGGUGAAAUGGCUACCAAUGGUGGAAUUUGCCUACAACAACGCAGUCCACAGCUCCACAGGCAGAUCUCCUUUUAAGGCACUUUACAGAUGGGAACCAGCCCUCACUCCUAGCAACGUCCCAACCAAUGUACCAGAGGUGGACAAGCUAGCAACACAAAUGGAAGCCCAAUGGCAGGAAAUAGAGGCAGCACUCUGGCAAUCAAAGACACGCAUGACUGCUGGAGAAUCAGGAGACCCAGUGGAAUUCAAGAUUGGGGAAGAGGCUUGGCUAGACGCCAAAAACAUAAAGCUGAAGACCCUGACAUACCGUCUGGAACUCCUGCCCUCUAUGAGGAUACACAAUGUCUUCUAUGUGGGAUUACUGUCCAAAGUCAAAAGGGACAAAAAGCGCACCUUUGAAAACUGCCCACCACCUGUUACUGUGGAUGGAGAGGAGGAAUACAAAGUCAAAGGUAUAACAGACGCCAAAGAAAGGAACAGGAAAUGGUUCUUCCGGGUCAAGUGGAAAGGUUACAGGCCUGAAGAAAACAUGUGGGAACCUCAAGAAAACUUGAAAAAUGCCAAAAAGAUUUUAGAUAAAUACAAAAAGAAAUGA